ACCAACAGCCUGGCAACUUCUGCGGUGUUCCCAAAGCAACCUCAUUCAAGAAUUCUCCACAAUUUUAAAAGAUACCUGACGUGACGGGAUUUGAAGAGAAGUCAGAAUUGUAACUGUUGGAGCCAUAACACUCCUGAUGGGAGCAACCACACAUUAAACAGAAGAAGAAGCAGCAACAGGAGGUUUAGCUGGGAGGACAUGGCGGACGUCAGCAGGUUACCAGCUAUCGCCUAAACGCCAGGGAAAGCAAAACCCACUAGAGGCGGCUGGGGGAGGACCUUCAUUUAUUUUAAUGUUACAUGGAUAGCCGGGGCUCCUCAGGACUGUACGCCCUCCACUGAAACUGCAUGGCGUCCACUCAACUCCGGCUAGGCCAGCAGGCCUUAGCGGUGCUUGAUGUGGCUCUGCGAGUUCCCUGUAUCUUUAUUAUCGACGCCAUUUUUAACUCUUACUACGACCCGGGUUCGGGAUGGGCCGGAGCAAUGGGGAAGGUGUUGGUCAGAGUCAUGGGUGUCGUGUCAAAUUCUGUGUCGACGCCGGAAUCCAACAGUGGUCCUUUAAGUAACUGUGGGGGACAUUUAGGAAGCCUGGUACCUGCCUGUCAAAAAAUACUUCUUUAUCCCUGUUACCUUCUCCUGAACUCUUAUCAGAACCAAGGUAUCCUCAUCUCCAGCAUGGUGCUGCUGCUCUCUCAGAAAGCCUUGUUCAAGUUCUACACCCUCUUCUUUGCUGUGCUCUUGGGCAUGGCUGCGGUGCUCAUCAACUACUACGCCACCUCUCACAUAGACUUCUACAGCGCCUACUACAAAGCGGCCCUGGGUUUCAGACUGCUGCCUAGAAACGGGCCGACGUUGUGGCUGGGCAUGGCUGCGGUCCAGCUGGUUUUCGGUGUGGGCUAUGUGUUCCUGCUCAACCUCCAGUCGGUGUUUGCCGCGCUGGUGGUGCUGGACAUCAUGAUCCCUCUGUGGGGGCUAAUGAUCGAGCUGCCCGCGGACGUCAGGCAGCUGGUGGCCGUGUUCUCGGGCCUGGCGCUGGCGCUCAACACGGCCGUGUGCCUGGCCAUGAGGCUCAAAUGGUUUUACUACUCAUGCCGGUACGUCUACCUGCUGGUGCGCCACAUGUACCGGAUCUACGGGCUGCAGCUGCUGCUAGAGGACACGUGGAAGAGGAUCCGAUUCCCAGACGUGCUGCGGGUGUUCUGGCUGACCCGGGUCACUGCCCAGGCACUGAUCCUGGUCUACGUGGUGCGGGCGGUGAGGAGGGAGAGCGGAGAUGCUACAGGCGGUGUCACAGACGGGGGCUCUGACUCGCAGGGUUACCUGCUGAGUUGGGACGUGUUCUGGGAUCUGACCAGUAACCUGAUCAUCUCCGGCUGUGACUCCACGCUCACCGUGCUGGGGAUGAGUGCUGUCAUCUCCUCCGUGGCACACUACCUCGGCCUCAGCAUCCUGGCCUUCAUAGGCUCGACGGAGGAGGAGGAUAAGCGUUUAGGCUUUGUAGCUCCUGUUCUGUUCUUCAUACUGGCCCUGCAGACCGGCCUCAGCAGCCUGGACCCUGAGGAACGCCUGGUGCGCCUGAGUCGGAACAUGUGCCUUCUGCUGACCGCCAUCCUGCACUUCAUCCACGGCAUGACCGACCCCGUCCUGAUGUCCCUGAGCGCCUCCCACGUCUCCUCUUUCCGCCGCCAUUUCCCCGUCCUGCUGGUGUCCUCUGCGCUCUUCGUGCUCCCGGUGGUGCUCAGCUACGCCCUGUGGCACCACUACGCCCUCAAUACCUGGCUGUUCGCCGUCACAGCCUUCUGCGUAGAGCUCUGCCUCAAGGUGGUGGUGUCCCUGACCGUCUACGGGCUCUUCAUGGUGGAUGGCUUCUCCAAUGUCCUUUGGGAGAAGCUGGACGACUACGUGUACUACGUGCGCUCCUCGGGGAACAUCAUCGAGUUCCUGUUCGGCGUCAUCAUGUUUGGCAACGGUGCCUACACCAUGAUGUUCGAGUCGGGCAGCAAGAUCCGCGCCUGCAUGAUGUGCCUGCACGCCUACUUCAACAUCUACCUGCAGGCCAAGAACGGCUGGAAGACUUUCAUCAACCGCCGCACGGCCGUCAAGAAGAUCAACUCGCUGCCGGAGAUGCGCGGCGACCAGCUGAGGGACAUUGAGGACGUGUGCGCCAUUUGCUACCAGGAGUUCGCCACGUCGGCACGCAUCACACCCUGCCACCACUACUUCCACGCGCUGUGCCUGAGGAAGUGGCUCUACAUCCAGGACACGUGCCCAAUGUGCCACCAGAGGGUGUACGUGGAGGACGAGAGCCGGGACAGAGCGGCGUUUUCCAACAACAACGGGGGCUACGCAGCGCCGCAGGACGUCGCUGCCGAAGCGCCCGGGGGGGACGACCAUGGACAAGUGGACGCAGAGCUGCCGGGGGAGGGAGGGGCAGCGGGGGGGCAGGCUGCAGGAGAGCCGGACAACGAGCUGCUGGAGGACAACGACAGCAUAGAGUACGACGAGGACGAGUGGGGGACGCAAAACGGCAACGCGCACAUAGAAGAAGACUAUAUCAACGACGACACAGACUCCACCGAGGACUGACAGCAAGAGAUCUAUAGAGAGAAUAUACUUAUAUCUUUAUUAUAUUUAAGUUAAAAAAAUAAUUAUAAAACACUAUCUUAAUUUGUUCUCCAAAAAUGUCAGGGAUAUCAUUCUCCUUUCCCUCUUUAGUUUCUUUUUGAUUUGGGUUUGUCUCUAUAAGGGCUCAUGGAAAGAGUAACUGCUGUGUGUGUGUGUGUGUGUGUGUGUGUGUGUGUGUGUGUGUGUGUGUGUGUGUGUGUGUGUGUGUGUGUGUGUGUGUGUGUGUGUGUGUGUGUGUGUGUGUGUGUGUGUGUGUGUGUGUGUGUGUGUGUGUGUGUGUGUGUGUGUGUGUGUGUGUGUGUGUGUGUGUGUGUGUGUGUGUGUGUGUGUGUGUGUGUGUGUGUGUGUGUGUGUGUGUGUGUGUGUGUGAUGACUGCAUGAUGUACACCAAAAACUCAUAGGGGUUAUUUCUUUUAAAAAUCAUUUUAUCCCCAAAUGAUCGGAGGUAUAAAUCUUGCUAUGUGGGCGCAGCUGUCUCGUUUUUUCCCCGAUGCCUCAAAGCUGAAACGCAUGAGCGAGUUAAGCAUCAUACUUUCUGCAGCAUUUCUGUUCCGCACAAGUCUGCCUUGUUAAGCACGCUGUGGAAAUAUAUUUUCGUCCAAAGAAUUUAGAUUGCGACUUUGUUUCGAUUUCUGUGCAGCCCCAAUGAGUAUUUGUGUGUCUAUAAGUCUGUUUGUGUGUGCCGACAUGCAAUGUGCUUAGACGAUGUCUUAAACCUGCAGUUCAUGUUCCCUUGGAGUCUAAUGAAGGGGAAAGGCUGGAGUGUGUUAGCUUAAAGACAAAACUGUGGAGCGACUCAACAGAUCAGGGUUUAUUAAUCUGCAAGUCAUGUUUUGGGAGUUUGUAGAAAGAGGCGCGUUAAAUCACAAUUUACUGAUAUUAUUGUCUCUAGGUUUUAUUUUAUUGUGCCAAAUAUCUCUUAAAGAGGCCCUUUUAUGCUUUCUGAACCCUUUCCUGUUGUGUGAUACAUAGGUUUGUGUGCUUGUAAAUGGUCUUCAAAGGCUAAAAUUCCCUCCAGAGGGAGUCUCUCUCCUACACACUCCGUAACAGAAUGACAUCAGUAUGUAACACUAGCACUUCUAUUGGCUACUGCUCCAACAUCUCUAAACAAUUGACAAAUUACAACAGAGCAAGCCAGCUAACCAAUCGGAGCAGACUGGGCUCUGGUUUCAGAUAGAGGGGUGAAAAGAGGUGCUGCUGCACAGUUGAUUCCGAGAUAUUUGUCUUACUAAACCAGCAACACAUGCUCUCAAAGCCUGACUUACAGAUUGAUCACAGCUCAGGUUUGUUUCACACCUGCUCCACAGUUUUGUCUGUUAACUUAAACAGUGUAUUGUUCAGAGAGAGACUGAAGGCAGGAGAGUGAGGCAGUGUUCUAUCAACUGCGCCAAACCAGAGAAAAACUGAGGUGUGUUUGAUUUAAAAAAAAAAAAAGAAGUGACUUGCUACUGUAAUCACUGAUAUACCUCUAUCAUUACCUACUACUGGUCUCUUGUGCGACCUCGCUUACAAUUGUGUACGUUAUUGUACAUAUAAUAAAACAUGUGCACACAUUCUCCCUUAGGACAAGAGAAGACUUAUUUUUCUUUCAAUAAUGCAAAUUUCUCUUAACACAAAUCAGUAUUCACUUUGGGUUAGUUCUCGUUUCAAACCCAGAAAUGGCUUGGAAUAAGAAAAAUAAUGCAAUUGUAUUAAAAUGAUUCCUCUUUGCUUAUUGUAAUUGACACAAAUACAGUAUGAAAAGAUGCCACUUGGUUUGUCUACCAUGAAGUCUACCAUUUCACAAGGAAAAAAUUAACCGUCAUUUGUUUUAUGUGUCCGUUUUUAGCCAUGUUGUAACACCAGGAGUGAUUUAUGUUCCCAUAUUGUUCAGUAAAUGCACAUAUAUGUUUCUAAUCACUGGUACAGUCGGACAGGAGCUUUAUCCUUCCGUCCAACUUCAGCUACAAGAAGCAAUUCUUCACUUGUUUUCCAGCAGCAGAUGUCCCACUGAACACUGAAUUAAAAUCUUGAACUACUAGAAUGAAAGAAAGAAGCAGAAAAUAUUUAAGAGCCAUGUUUUCACCUUUUAGACAGUACAGUGACGUCAGAGGUCUUCAUUGUGAAUUUGUGUUAAACCACUUUCAAGCACAACUCCUCCGAGUAUUACAUUGUUUAGACUUCCACAGCCUGAACGUCUUUAAGGGUUUGACUACAAACUCGUGUUCAUUACUGUUGUAAUUACUGCUCACAGAAGAUAAGCUGCAAGGAAUCCGUGAACUUCUUGUUGACGAUGCGAAAGAGAUGGGAAUUUGAUUAGAAAGCUGUGCUUUUUGACCUGUUUCAGCUAUGAAGGACUUUGAUUAUUAGUUUGAUUGUUCUGAAAGCUUUUUAAAAAGGUAAAAGCUGUUUCUUUUUGCCUUUUGUUUUAAAAAGAGAUUUAUGUAAAUAAAAUCAUCUUUGAUAUUG